AUGUGUCACAAUGGCCAACUAUGGACCAAGCUCUUGCCGGUCAUUCUGUUGGGUUUGAAAACUAGCAUCAAAGAAGACAUCAACGCCUCAGCGGCAGAGAUGCUCUACGGCGAGAACCUUUCAUUACCAGGGGAAUUCUUUUUGGAUUUGGACGUCCGCACUGACCCCACCUGCUUCGUCCAACAUUUACAAGAUUACCUACAAAAAAUUCAUCCUAAACGUACCGCACAUCAUGGUAAAAAGGGGAUUUUUCUGUUUAGAGAUCUAGCCACCUGCACGCACGUGUUUGUCAGAGUCGACAGCUCCAGGAGGCCACUUCAACCUCCUUACGAAGGCCCCUUCCCGGUGCUAGAGUGGAACAACAAGGUCUUCAAGGUUUUGAUCAAGGGCCAACCCGCCACCAUCUCCAUAGAUAGGGUCAAGCCGGCGCAUACAGAGAGCAACGCUUUGCCAUCUUCAACCUCGUUGGAUCAGUCACAAGGGCCGCCAGUAAUCUCGGACGCUCCCAAAGUUUACUCGAGCCCUAAGAAGAAAACCGUCACCUUCGCUCCAACCGCUCAGUCACUGGAAGGAGGGUAG